GGCGACAGCGAACAUGAACGUCCGCAGCACCAUGAGCGGCAUCGCUGGGAUUUUCGGUCCGCAGAGCGGGGAAUGUGGAGUGGAAUCAAUGAAUGGUGUGAAUGGUCCCCAGAAUGGACAGCCCCACCUUGACCAUGCUGAUGGGCAGUAUUUCCUGACUGAAGCCUAUAAAGUAAUCCUGGAGGAAGUGCUGUGCAAGGGCACCGACGUGAAGGAGAAGGUAUGUGACUGGCAUGACCCCGAGGAGCUGUCGGCCCUAUUGGACCUGGAACUGCGUGAGGGUGGGGAGUCCCACCACCAGCUGCUGCAGCGAGUCCGAGAUGUUGCUAAAUACAGCGUCAAGACCAAUCAUCCACGUUUCUUCAACCAGCUGUUUGCAGGUGUAGACUACCAUUCCCUGGCCGGCCGCUUUCUCACAGAGGCUCUCAACACAAGCCAGUACACGUAUGAGGUGGCCCCCGUGUUUGUGCUCAUGGAGAACGUGAUGCUGACCAAACUGCGCUCCAUGGUUGGCUGGCCACAGGGGGAUGGCAUCUUCUGCCCCGGCGGCUCCGUCUCCAACAUGUACGCCAUGAAUGUUGCACGGUAUCGCGCCUACCCCCAGGUCAAAGUGCAGGGGCUGUGGGCUGUUCCUCGACUGGCUGCCUUUACAUCCCAGGAGAGCCACUACUCUCUGUGUAAGGCUGCUUCCUUUCUGGGGAUCGGACUGGACAACGUCUUCAUGGUGAAAGUGAAUGAAAGGGGUUGCAUGAUUCCGGAAGACCUAGAUGAGAAAAUUGAGCUUGCUAGAUCACAGGGUGCCGUGCCUUUUUUAGUCAGCGCCACGUCUGGAACCACCAUACAGGGUGCCUUUGACCCCCUUGACCGCAUUGCUGAUAUCUGUGACAAGAAUAAACUGUGGAUGCAUGUGGAUGCCGCUUGGGGAGGCAGUGUGCUGUUCUCCAAGAAACACAAACACCUGAUGAAGGGGAUUGAAAGGGCGGAUUCGUUGGCAUGGAACCCUCACAAGAUGCUGCUCGCUGGCCUGCAGUGCUGUGUCUUCCUGCUCAAGGACAAUACGGACCUGCUGAAACAAUGCCAUUGCGCCAAUGCCACCUACCUGUUCCAGCAGGACAAGUUUUACGACAUGCGAAUGGACACAGGGGACAAGUCGGUGCAGUGCGGCCGUAAGGUGGACUGUCUGAAACUGUGGCUCAUGUGGAAAGCUGUGGGCACGGAAGGCCUAGCGGAACGUGUGGACAAAGUCUUCAAGCUCGCCAGGUAUCUUGUGCGAGAGAUGAGCAAGAGAGAAGGAUUCCAACUUGUCAAUGAGCCACAGUUUGUGAACGUGUGUUUCUGGUACAUCCCUCCCAGUUUGAGGGGGAAGGAGGGGAACAAUGACUAUCAGGAGAAACUGUCGAAGGUGGCACCUGUCAUAAAGGAGCGUAUGAUGCGCAAAGGCAGCAUGAUGGUGGGCUAUCAGCCUCUGAGGGAGAAAGUCAACUUCUUCCGCAUGGUCAUCAUCUCCCCUCAUAUCUCACAGGAGGACAUGGACUUUUUCCUCGAUGAGAUUGAAAGGCUGGGGAAAGACCUGUACAACGCGCUUUAGUGCAUUGCCAUUUCUGAUGGAAUCCAGGAGCUGCAUUUGUACAUGCAUAUUUAAUUUGAAACUGUACGGAUUUUAUCUUUCGUACUAAUCUAAACCACGGUUGAAAUCUGUUCCCCUUGAGACUGAUGUGAAAAUGUUGCUGCCCAUAUUCCUGUAGGUCAAUAGCUGUAUGGACUAUUCCUGCCCACAUAACAUGCUUAGUAUGUUUUGAGAUAUUUAAGUCCAGACAUGUUUUGCCUGUACCUGUAUUUUAGGACGUGAUCCUACAUUUGAGUUUAGUGUAAAUUUCAAGCCAGUUUAAUAAAAGAAGAGAAUAUAAUAAAAUUUCUCAGUUAAGUAUAUUAACAUCUACGGCAUUUACAUCAAAAGCUUUGUAUAAAAAUAAAAAACCUUGAUGAUUUUCAGGAGGCCUUUUUUUGUAAACUGGUCCUCUUACUUUUUAAGCUUGUGUAAUUCUUUGCUUUGUAUGUUUCAGUCUGACUAUAAUACUGUGUAAGGACCAACCCAUAGUGGGGUCCACCCUCAUACAUCAUUAUAUAAAUCAUUUUAAAAAGUUUUAUUGAAGGAAAAUAGUUAUGUUUAAGAUAAAUAAAAUGUAUUGUGUUUUUUAAAUUGGGAAAAAAAGGUAUGUUUUGUUUUGUUCAGGUUCAUUGUAUAAGGACAUUUUACCGCUGUUCUAUAGACGUGGGGGACUGGUGUGACGUAACGGUCAUCAUCACUGUAUAACUUUUUUGCUUAGUAAUCAUUGUAUGAAACAUGGAUUUUCAUUCACCAAGUUGUUUACCAUCAAUAAAAUAUAAUCGGAA